AUAGUGAUAUAAUCAGGCUUUUCAGCCGAGUACCGUGUUUAAGCAGCGAAGCUUGCUGAGUGCUUGCGUUUGUACAAAAUACUAUAUUUGAAUGUAUGAAAUAGGCGGCUCGGCACUCGGCCGCAUGUUUGGCGGCACCCUUAUACCAUUACAUAUAGGUGCAUUGACACGUUUUGACAGUUUAUGUUAUAUGUCUAUGGUCAACUAUCAAAAUUAAAAGUCAGGUUAAUUAGAAUUUAUAGAAAGUAUAUUUUUACUUUGAAAUUUUAUUAUUAUAUAGUGAGUGGAUAGAUAACCGCUCCAAAUAUCUAUUUGCAAAAAUGAAUAACAACAUGAAACUUUACUCUUCAACGAAUUUUCACAACGAAAACGGUACUGGAGAUGCUAUGCGGAAUGCUCUUAUUUUAAUAGCAAAAGAAAUACAAAAGUUUAGAUUGGAGUCUGAGGCAAUGAAGCAUCCAAUGAAUAAAAAUGAUGCAAAUAUCGAUGUUUUUUUGAAAAAGAACAGUAAUGCAACAGAAGUUGAUAUGGAAAAUAGACAGCUGAAAAAACUUAAAGAACACCUUAGGACCGUUUGCAAUAUGGCAAAAAUAGUAUUGUCAGCAAAAAACAAAGAAACGGAACAUCUCAUGAAUAAACUGAAAAACAUCCGAAAUGAAUCAUUGUGCUUAUCGAAGAGUAACGCCGAAAAUCUUAGUUUGAUACAACAAUUGCGAAUAGAAAACUACAAUAUCAACAACGAUGUGCAAUUUCUUAGUAACUUUAUCCAUAUGGCUUAUCAAAAACUACAGAAAAUGCGUAAUGAAAUUCCUAAAGAUAUGCCGUUCAUAGAGGAACUCAAGACUAUACUGCUCGCUUGUGGCCAGUACUAUGUAGACUAUUGCAACGCGCGCGAUCAAUGCGCGCAACUUAAACAACGCAAUAGAUUUCUGAGAAAUAAACUAAACAUUGUAGAGAACAACUUAGCAGCUACUACCGAGGAAUUGCGCAAUCUUAGAAAUAUAAACGUGAAACUCAAAAUAAAAUGUGAAAUGCACCAUAAAAACGGAGAAGCAUUCUCAAAAAACCUCGUAAAUCCGAGCGUUAGUGAAAUGUUGCUUAAUAAUUUUUUGGGCGAUGGGAAUAACAGUGAUUGCUAUGGAUAUAAUGCGGAUAUACCGAAAGCUGUUGAAUGUGAAAGAAAUUUAAAAAUAUCUAACAAAAGUCUAUGUUUAACAUCUCAUUUAGAAACUGUUAAAAACCUCCUUGUAGAUCAGGAUAAUAUGUUAAAAGAAUUAAAGGAAUUGUAUUUUGAAGUUCGCUAAAGUUGAGAUUUGGAAUAAACAUUUUACAACCA